AUGGUCACUUGUGACAGCCUCGUCGACACACCAGGGCCACCAGGACUUGCCAGGGUGGUGGAAUUCCAAAGGCCCUCAGACAGGUUGAUGACAAUUAAGGUGCUAGCAGGAAAGAGUCUGAUCAACAUCGUGAGUGGUUACGCUCCACAGAUUGUUAGAGGGAUCCCUGAGGAAGAAGAUAUCAUCAUAGGAGCUGAUCUGAACUGUCAUGUAGGAGAAACAGCAAGAGGUUAUGAAGCAUGUCAUGGAGGUUUUGGAUACGGCCUGAGAAACGAGGAAGGAGAGAAAAUGCUAGAGACAUUGGAGACCUUGGAACUGGUCUUCAAGAAGAGAGAUGAACAUCUAACAACAUACUGA